AUGUCAAGUGGCCAUUUUCACCAUCGGGACAGCUCUUCUAGCUCUGAGGAUGAGUCUGGUGGGUUUCAGUCGCACAUACAGCUACCUGCUGUGAAUUUAAGCAAUUAUAGAAAGCAAAAUGCUAAAACCUCAUCAACAGUCAACUUGUCAAAGGCAGGAAAAAAGCUUCGCCAGCCCAAAUCAGUGAGGUUUCCGGAUCUGUGUGGAGCUAGACUGUCAAUAAUAAGCAAUACAUCAUCAAAUACCAAUAAUUCAUCUGCGUCAGAUAUCUCUCUACCCAACAGCGAGCGAGCUGAUUUGCCAGACUUUAGAAUUAAGCCAAGUGAUAUAAAGUCACCAGAUAUUUCCGAUGAAGAAAGUGAUGUCGAUCUGGACGCAGUCCCUGCUCAAACCUUCCCAUCCCAUGUUCCUGAUUCCUCUGACGAUGAUGAUAAUGAUGCGCGGUCAGCCUCCUCAAAAGCAUCUAAGAAAUCGUCGAAGUCUUCUUCGUCUAAGAAGUCUCUGUCUUCAAAAGCAUCUUCCCCGUCGAAAGGGCCAUCACCACCCGCCAAAAAUGAAAUGGACAUAACAGAUCAAAGGAGAAAAUCUUCGUCUUCAUCUGGAUCAGGUGAACGAGUGAAGGGCCUCAAAAGUAUAUUGAGAAAAAUGUCUUUGAGUGACCAUGCACAUCCAAACUCGGACAGGCAACUUGAUGACCAUGAGAUGUCUAACUCAGAUACCUUUUUAGGACGGGUUCUUAAUGCUGGUGGACAAAGCAUGAGUGGCGGUGGUCUAGCACCUGGCGCAUCUCAAAGAUCUAAUGAAGGCGCAGAAGAUGAAGAAAAGAAUAUCGGGUUAAGUGAUAAUGAUGGUGAAGCUAUAGAAAUGAAGAAAAUCGACUUUAACUCAUUGAAUUCUGAAGCCAAAAAGUUAAUAUCUGCUCACAUACCAGGAGCUGAUAGCUUGACUAACACAACUCCUGAUGUGUCAGAUUAUGAAGACAGUUCAAAAAAUGACUCUGAUGCUCACUUGUUGGACAAAGAGCAAGAAAAUACUGGAAAUAAGGAGAACAAUAAUGAGGAUAAAAAUAAAACUUUCUAUGCCCCAAACCCCGAUUACUAUGUGAGAGGCGAGUCGGACGAUUCUUUGAAAGACGAAUUUUUACUCGAUGAAGCACAUGAAGGUAUUGUGCCCCCUAAGAAGGUUCAUGCUGGUGUUCUUUCUUCUUUACUAAAGUUGUAUCAAAACCCUCAGGAGAUAAAAUCAUCAUCUAGCCUUGCUAUGAGUGAUGGGGCUACAUUGGCCGAUUAUGAUUUCGAUGAUAACCUUUAUAAUAAGAAAGGAACUAGUACUUUUGACUUCACGGAGCUCAAAAGUGGUCUCAAGAAGGGCCCGAAGCUGGUUGCUAAUAUGGCAAGCAAGUUAGGCCAUCAUAGAAAUAAAGCUUCAAGCUCAAGAAACAGCGAAGAACAUUUGAAUCCAAAGAAUAUUGAUAAUAGUAGUGAUGAUGGAGAUGAUAAUAACUAUGAGAUGGAUGCUUCUGCGUUGCCAUCCUUUCAAAAUGCACGUCCUAAGGGGCCUAAGAAAGCUAGUGGCACUAGUGUUCCGGCACCUUCGAAAUUCUCAAAAAAGCUCAAACAACAUAGAAGAGAAGCAGAACAGAGAUUACGUAUUACCGUUCACAUUGCAGAUAUCUUACAAAGACAGAGAUUUAUUAUUAGAAUGUGCAAAGCCCUUAUGUUAUUCGGUGCCCCAACUCAUAGAUUGGAAGAGUAUAUGGUAAUGACGAGUAGAGUCUUAGAAAUUGAUGGUCAAUUCAUAUAUUUUCCUGGCUGUAUGAUAAUUUCGUUUGGUGAUGUUGCCACUAGAACUUCUGAAGUUCAUCUAGUGAGGUGUGCACAGGGCUUGAACCUAUCGAAACUUAGUUUCACUCACAAAAUCUACAAAGAUGUUAUACAUGAUUUAAUUGGAGUGGAGGAAGCGGCUCAAAAACUAGAGCAGCUUUUGAAGGACAAAAACAAAUAUCCGCCAUGGUUGUGCGUUCUAUUUUAUGGUCUUGGAUCAGCGCUGGUUUGUCCCUUUGCUUUCUCUGGUGGAUGGUAUGAUGUUCCCGUAGUAUUUGGAAUUGGAUUGUGUGUUGGUUACCUUCAAUACUUUGUUUCGUCGAUAUCGAACUUGUACUCUUCAGUCUUCGAAGUGAGCUCCUCGAUUGUCGUAUCAUUUAUCUCUAGAGGUAUAGGAUCUAUUAACGGUGGAAAAACAUUUUGCUUCUCUGCUUUAGCCCAAGGAGCCCUUGCGUUAAUUUUACCAGGUUAUAUUAUCCUUUGCGGGUCAUUGGAGUUGCAAUCGAGAAAUUUGGUAGCUGGUUCUGUUAGAAUGUUUUACGCAAUAAUUUAUUCACUUUUCUUAGGUUUUGGGAUCACUUUAGGCGCCGCAUUAUUCGGUUGGGUGGGGCAUGUUCAUGAUACGAAUUUGACAUGUGAGCAUAAGAUUAAUGAUAAGUUUAAGAUCUUGUUUGUUCCCAUGUUUUCAAUCAUUUUAGGACUCAUAAAUCAGGCGUCGUUUUCUCAAUUACCGAUUAUGAUUAUAAUAUCCUGCACUGGGUACGUUGGAACAUAUUUUGCAGGCAAAUAUUUUAGUGAAGUUACUGAGUUUACUGCCUGUAUUGGUGCUUUUAUUGUUGGUAUUCUAGGAAACAUGUAUUCAAGAAUUUUUAAGGGAAUGGCCGUGAGUGCCAUGUUACCUGCGAUUUUCGUUCAAGUUCCCUCUGGUAUAGCGUCGCAUAGUACAUUAUUAUCUGGAGUGAAGUCUGCCAACAAGAUCACUCAAGCAAAUUCCACUUCAUCUUCGGAUAGUGGAAGCGAUUCCUUGUCUUUAUCAUUUGGUGUUAGUAUGGUAGAAGUAUCUAUCGGUAUUAGUGUCGGAUUAUUUGCGGCAGCUCUUGUGGUGUACCCGUUUGGAAAAAAGAGAACAGGACUUUUCACUUUAUAG